AUGUUUGGCAACUCGGCAUCCACCACCAGCGGGUUUGGAGGGUUUGGUUCCAACAGCACUUGGAACAACAACAAUUCGUCUCCGUUCGGAACAAACACUGUAAACAAUAAUACCUCGUCUCCGUUUGGGUCGAACACAAACACAAACACGGGAAGCUUGUUUGGGGCCCCUGCCAACACCUCCUCUGGGCUAGGCACAUUUGGCUCCAACACCAAUACCGCUGCUCCUGCCAAUGGCACUUCCUCGAACACCGGCUUGUUUGGAACAGGAUCAUCGUUCAACAGCUCAUCCUCGCCGUUUGGCCAAUCAGCCUUUGGCAACACUGGCUCCACUGGGACCACGUCAAACAGUCUUUUUGGAGCAUCGAACAAUACUGGCUCUGCUUUUGGGUCUACAGCUACGACGUCUCCGUUUGGCCAACAAUCCAAUGCACCUCGCUUUGGAUCGGCCUUGGGAGCUACCAACACCCAAAACAGAGGCACAUCUGUGACUCCGUUCAAGGCGGUAACCGAAAAGGAUCCAACAAACGGAACGCAAUACUAUGAGACGAUCACCGCCAUGCCUGAGUACUCCAAGUUUUCCGUCGAGGAGCUCAGAGUUCAGGAUUACAUCGAUGGCAGACGCUACGGCAACAAUGCUGGAUCAGCUGGGACGGGAAGUUUUGGCACAGGAACUGGUUUCGGCUCCAGUACCACCAGUGGCUUUGGAACCGCGUCCAACACCGGGGGCCUGUUUGGCCAGUCCAACAAUACUACCUCUGGCGGCCUAUUUGGACAGUCCAACAAUAACACGGGUGGAAACCUUUUUGGUGCCAACAAGCCGUCUACAGGCGGCCUCUUCGGGUCGACCAACAACAACUCCUCUGCCUUUGGCGCAAACACCAAUUCUGCAUUCGGCUCGUCCGCUGCUCCUUUCGGACAGACGAACAACUCGCCGUUCGGCCAGCAGCAGCAGUCGUCUACAUUUGGAGCGUCCUCGAGCUCGCCCUUUGGACAACAGAACAACAACACUGGCACCCUUUUUGGGAACAACAAUAACCAGACCAGCUCUCCCUUUGGACAGCAGAGCACGACACCUGCCUUUGGCUCCAACACACAGACUGGCGGUGGCAUAUUUGGCAACAACAGCAACCAGACAAGCGCCUUUGGUAGCACGGGAACGAACACGGGCAACCUGUUUGGUGCAAAUAACACUGCCAACAAGCCUGCUUUUGGCGGAUUUGGCUCGUCUGGAAACACGUCUGGAGGGUUUGGCUCGACCGGUAACACCUCUGGUAGCCUGUUUGGAAACAACAAUAACAACCAGCAAUCCGGUGGACUGUUUGGCAACAACAAUAACCAGUCGGGAGGCCUCUUUGGCCAGUCUAGCAAGCCUGCAGGUACUGGUUUUGGCUUUGGCUCAAACAACACCGCUCAGAACGGAUCACUCUUUGGAAAUAACGCUUCUGCCAACAACAAUACAUCGGCACCACUAUUUGGCAAUAACACUAACCAGAGUGGAUCACUUUUCGGCAAUAAACCAUCAACCACUCCUGCCGGAGGCCUCUUUGGAAACAACAACACAGCCAACACGACAACUGGAGGCGGCUUUGGAUUCGGCGCAAACAAUAACAACAAUGCAUCGUCGGGGACUCUGUUUGGCAACAAGCCUGCCUCCAGUGGAACCGGAUUCGGUUCGACAAACACCGCAGCCGGCUCCUUAUUUGGCAAUAAGCCAGCAUCCACCACUGGCACUCCUGGCUUCGGCGCAAACAAUAAUAACACCAACAGUUUGUUUGGAAACAAGCCGGCAGGAACAACGUCGGGUGGUCUAUUUGGCAACAACAACCAAUCGACAACCUCUGGAGGACUCUUUGGAAACAAACCAGCAACGUCUGGAGGACUCUUCGGAAACAACAAUCAACCGUCCGCAUCGACCACUUCAGGAGGACUAUUUGGUAACAAGCCUGCUGGAACAGCUUCUGGCGGCCUUUUUGGCAACAACAACCAGCAAUCGAGCGGGAUCGCAUUUGGACAAGGCCAGCAGCAACAGCAACAGCAGCAACAGCAACAGCAACAGCCUCUGGCUAAUCUGGACCCAUAUGGAACAAAUCCCCUGUUUUCGUCUGUGGGAGCUAAUACAAAUCCUAUUGUGCAACAACCUCCAGUUCCUCAGGCUAUUCCGGUGAAGCAGGUGACCAAGAAAAAGCCAAUGUUGACCUCUGCCUACAAACUGAACCCGAAACCUCUGUUUUCACCUAACGAUCUUCUGGUCACGAAGCCAGGCAGCAUUGUGGCUGUUUCAUCUCCAUCCACCGCUGGCUCGAACGGCUCCAGCAGAUCGGCCACACAGACUCUGAUCGAGGACUCCAAAGACUCUGUCAACGGCUCCAAGUCCGAAAAAAUUCUUUCGCCUACUACCGAUGACGCCAUUUUGUCUAGCUACAUUUUUGCUCCGUCCAGAAAUGUCACCAAGCUGAUCAUUGACAAAACGAAGCAAGAAGACGAGUUUGAAGGCCUCAAGACAAGCAAUCUGGUCACUCCUCGUCGUCAGAUCACCAUGAAGGCCCCGAUGAGCAGCCUGACCCCAAAACCAUACGUGUCUCCUAGCAAGACCGUGCUCGAGAACGGAAACGGCCAGGAGCACCCAGCAGGAAUCUCGAGCACCCCGAAAGCCGUGUCUGAAUCGACUUCAACGAAUGAGGAGUGGCCUGAGGGCUAUUGGAUCUCUCCUUCGUUGGAAGAGCUGCAGAAAAUGUCUGCUACACAGCUCAAAUCUGUGCCAAAUUUCAAGGUGGGCCGCACCGGCUACGGAAAGAUCGAGUUUCUCCAACCUGUGGAUCUCACUUCAAUUCUCUUGCAGAAAAUUCCAGAGAUUAUUGUGUUCGAUAAGCAGUCCUGUAUUAUCUACCCCGAUCUUAAUAGCAGACCGCCCGUUGGUGAAGGUUUCAACAUCCCAGCAACAGUGUCUCUCGAAGGAUGCUUCCCGCUGUCCAAGGACACCAAAAAGCCAAUCACCGAUCCACAUCACGCCGUUGUGAAGAAGCAUAUCAGAAGGCUGCAAAUGAUUCCAAACACGGAGUUUGUGGGUUACGACUCCAUCUCAGGUACCUGGCAGUUCAAGCUCGAGCAUGUCUAG